AUGUCUAUCAACACGAUAAUCAACGCUGCCACCCUAGCCAUCACUGCCUGGUCCAUUGCGGACUCGCUGGGCCACAAGUACGAGGACCCUGACAAGCAAGUCAGCGUCAGCAUCUUCACUGGCAUUGCACCAAACGCCGGAGGGAGCAUUCCCCAUCUUGCCGUCUGGGAUGAAAGUGGUAACCGAAUUGGCCAGUACAAAGGAGACGCAAAUGGCCACAUUGAUGAUAAUGGUUCGAAGACCUUCACCAUCUCUCCAACUGAGAAUGGCGGACAUCAAGCAACGCCAGAGUAUCUCCUCAUGGUCAUGCAAGAGAGCGAUGCAAUUUGUCUUUCUGGACUGGUAGUUUCCGGUAAUGGAAACCAGUGGACCUGGACUGGUGAUAUGGGCUACACCUGCGGCGCCCAAUGGUACCCCAGCAAGCGUACUAUCGGCACUUCCAACAUCCCGAUCAAGUGUGUCUGGAUGGACAGUGACCAUUCCAACGGAAUUAUCGCAAAGGGUCUGAGUCUGCAUAUGCGCAGUUUCGCCGGAGAUCAAGGCUUGGUCGACCAGUACCAGGAAGACCAGCGACGUCUGUGCCAGAACACGGCUCGCAUGACUUUCCAGCCUGAGCCUGUGGUUCCUGAUUCAAUCCCCCGAUUCUUCAAGCAUGCCCCCGAGUUCGAUGACACCGGCGCUCUCAAGAAGCCCGACGACGGAAUCGACCGAGGCACUCGUGCUUAUCCUGACGGUACCAACUUCAACAUUCACGAUACCAAAAAGCGCCGCCAUGCCCGUGACAUGGAUCCACACAGCUUCAAUGUGACUGGUGUUAAGAAUAUCCUGCCUGGCCACAUUGUCAUCAGCAACCUGGACGGUCACAGUGCAAAGGAAGUUUGCGAGCACCCACAGUCCCUCGGGCCAGAUUUUGUGCACAAGGGUGAAGGUAUCUUCUGUGACAUGAAUACCGGAAAGUGGUGGCCCGUUUGUGACGAGACUACUGGCACUGACGAGGCUUGCUUUGAUCUUGACACCAAGUCCAUGAAGAACUACAAGCCUGGUAGUCUCCACACUCGCAAUGACGGGCACCCAGUUCCUCAGAAGAACUACAAUAGCCACGAGGAGUGGUAG